CUUUUAGUGCUCGCCUGAGAGCUGUCACCACAAGCUGCUAUAGUGUGCAGAAAAUCGCGCAGCGUUACUUGGUGAUUUUUUGCCGUUAGCAACAGAUGCAUUCAAAGAAUGUGUGUGGACAAAGACGGAAUCACUAGCUAUCAGGCACAUGGUACCGACCAAGACGUGAAAUCCUGCAAGAUUGUUCCUGCCGCAUGCCUCUUGUAUUCGGGCAGAAGCGGUGCAUAUGAAAUCGCUGCUACUGCUUCCGCUUCGAAUGCCAAUGACACAAGUGUCUCGACCUUCGCAGAACACUGCGGUACUUGUGUUCGCCCGCAUUGUGGUCCCAGACGCACGAACAGCAGACGACGCAGUUGUUUUCAUAGCCGCAGCCGGAGCCGGAUUGAAGGCCGCAUCGAUCCGCACAUCAGGACACUGCGAGGUGGGCCGUGGGAGUGAAGGGGAACGGGGAGCGGCGAAGGGGUGCUUGGCUGGCAGGGUAUAAGGGCCGUGCCGGCCUGCGUCGGUCGACGGAGGGCGCGCACUACGGGGCCUCCGAGAACAGCCGCGGUCGAAGAGAAGAAAGAAAAGAAAAAGGGACCCCGUCUCGGCAAAGAUGGCCGCCGCCUCCGUCUCCGAUGGCGGCGCGGGAUUGCGGGUUGUCGGCAACGGUCAGGACAAGCAGACCCGUGGGUCGGCGGGAUACUUGCUGGAAGACCCCGACGCAGACGACAUCAUACACAAGACGAUCCUGGUUGGCGACAGCGGAGUGGGCAAGACAUCGUUGCUGGUGCAGUUCGACCAGGGCAAGUUCCAGACGGGCUCCUUCUCUGCUACUGUCGGCAUUGGCUUCACGGUGAUGCUGGUGGGCGACUCCGGUGUGGGAAAGACGUGCCUGCUGAUCCGCUACAAGGACGGCUCGUUCCUGAGCGGGGCCUACAUCUCCACCGUCGGCAUGGACUUCAGGAACAAGGUUGUGACCGUAGAUGACUACAAGGUCAAGCUGCAGAUAUGGGACACGGCCGGCCAGGAGAGGUUCCGGAGCGUCACACACGCCUACUACAGGGACGCACACGCGCUCCUGCUUCUCUACGACGUCUCGAACAAGACCAGCUUCGAUAACACGAGGGCGUGGCUUGGCGAGAUCAACGAGUACGCGCAGGAUGACGUGGUCAUAAUGCUCAUCGGCAACAAGGCCGACAUCACGCAGGACCGCCAGGUGCGCACCGAAGACGGAGAGAGGCUCUCCAGGGAGUACGGCGUGGCCUUCAUGGAAACCAGCGCCAAGACAGGCUGCAACGUGGAACUGGCCUUCAUGGCCGUGGCACGGGAGCUGAAGCAGCGGGCGUCCCGGUCGGUGCACGGCGCCUCGGGCCGCUUCAACAUGACCGAGUACAUUCGCCAGGAGAGCCAAGCGAAGCCCAACGGCUGCUGCAGUAGUUAGGGAUGGCGCGUCAAGCUCCGGCUGCCCUUCUAGCACCCCCAGCAAACUGCGCACGCCGCCCCGCACCCCUCCCGACGACCCUGGCACAGGUGCCGGCCGCCAGCAUCGACGCCGCCGGUAGCGCCCAUGCCGGUACUGGAACUGCUGGCUUCGGCGCUGUCGCUUCCGGGGCUGCCGAAAGCGCCGGCCGAGUUCCAGCACCAGCGACGCCGCUUCCCGCGCUGGCUCUGCCGGAACUACCGCCGGCCGGAACCGCUCGGCUGGCGCUGCGUGGUUUGGGGUGAGGCAGUGGCGCGGUUCCGAAUCGCAGCGAGACCAGCUCCGGCACCGCCGCUGCUGCUCGCCCAGAAACCAUCCGCCUCACUUGUGACGCCGGAAGUGCCGCGAUCACCACGGACUGAACGGCUGGUUCAAGCACUGCCUUUAUUUCCGCGCCCGCCGGUGGCCACAGCCCUCGCGGCCUGACUCGAUCGCCGCGCAGCCAGUUGGGCUCUCGUUUCUCCGCUGGGUUUGGCAGCCCGCCAUAUAUGGGCCGUGCCCGUUCGUGAGGGCGAGCGGGCAGCACUCCUGCCGAAUGCGUGGCCGCGGAUGGGCAGCUUUCGGGUUUGCCCACUGCGCAGGGAGGCAUUUCGAACGCCGCCUAGCUGCACCCUAGCGCGGUCUGCCUCCCCGGACUGCGCUUCUGGUUCGGCAGCCGAGAUGCCACGUGAGCCGAGGGGAACUUUUCUUGCGUGGAGCUGCAUCCAAGUAUGGAUACGGUUGCGUUGGCGGUUAGAGGCCUUGAAUCGUGACUGUUGGUGCGGCUGCAUUUUCUGUCGUUUAAGUCAUUUGGGCGAAUAAUAACCCCGAGGCAGCGAAUCGUCGACAUCCGACGUAGCGGUUAAAGACUCAGACUGGCUGCGCGGUGGUCACGUGGCCGAAAAGGCGUGCGCGCAAGCUCAACGUGCGCGCGCCUUUGUUUAACGCCGAUGAGACGGCAGACGCGCGCAGGGGCUUGUGCUCUUCCGUUUGUGCCCCCUCUGUUGACCUACCCUGUAAUAAUAACCGCGCCUGUAUAUGCGGCAGCAGCAGCAGCAGCAUCAGCAGCAGAUGUGGACUGAAGCUUGGACUCUGUUGGACUGUGUGCACGUGUGUAUGUGUGAGUGUCUGUUUGCGGAAGCCGAUCAAGUGGCUUUUAUUCUCGACUACAGUUGUCGAAACGGCAGCAGUCGAUAACUGCGCCGACGAAGAAGCUCCUGCGAAGCGCGUUUUGUUGCGUAUGUGUUAUGCGUUUCGCUGCAAACGAAAUCUCAUGGGGUGCCAUAAACAGCGAGGUAAAAGGCAAUUAAGCCGUUAUUGCUAUAUUAUUGGUUGAAAUAAAAACGCGGCCGACUCUCAGACAGGUCCGCCAUAUGCUCCUGCAGGUCAGUCUUUUUCAGUAUCUGCAUUAAAAUAUUUAGCAGAGUAUUAAAAAAAAGUAUUCAAUUACUCUGGUUUUACGUUCAGAAGUUUAGCGGCUAGUGUGAGACAUGUCGCAAGUUAAUCAGUUGCUCAUAUCUUUGACUUUUCGCAGAGCGGAGAUUCUUUCACGUCGAAGCUCGCGCGGUUCAUACUUGCAGUGAAGCCACAGCUGCCGCCGCCGCCGCUGAUGGCUUUAAAUAAAACGUGGGUUACAAAAAUUAACUCGGGUAUGAAACUUCGCCACAGGAGAGAACCACAGUUUCUGGUCCGUAUGUUCCUGAGCGUCGGUCACUUCGCGUCUGGUGGAUGGCGGGUCUCCGACGACAACAGCGUGACCUCUCACGCCGAGCUUGCCUUCAUAAUUUUGACGAAGACUGCUGCACUGAGACCGCAAGCCGCUGGCGUAGCGGGCUGCGAGAUCUAUAGCUUACAUUGGUUCAGCAAGGCCGUGAUUUAUUAAGAAACAUUGGACACUCGGUAUUAACGUUAUCGUGCCGUUGAGCCAGUUACACUGUGCUGUUCAUUUCGUCUUCCAUGUACGAUGUCAACGUGAAAAAGAACCGUGGAGACAUGCCCCACAAUUGCAUUCUGCUUCUUUUUUUUAGCUGUGUCACGUUUUCAUCCGAGCAGCUCUGCUAGUUCGGGCUCUUGUUACACUCUGUUUACUACGUUCCCAGGCAGCAUGGGUGUGCAAACUUACUUCCACUUGUCGUUUUAUAGCGGGGAUUCCGAUGCACAAUUAGGAGCCCGUUAUUUUUCCGGGUCUGGCAAAGUCUGCACCUUCCUGUUAUCCGCUUCCCGUGUUGGUUUUCACGUGCAAAUGGUGGUGUCAUUUUUUCCCAGCGUUGAGAAAGAAAAAAAAAAAAAGCUGGUCUUUACGACCGUACGGUUAGGGUAGUCCUUGCGCGCAGUAUUAACUCGAAUCAUGGUUGUGCUGUAAACGUUAUGCACAGAGUACCUCUGUCCUUGAAACCUCAGUCGUGGUUUCAUUCGGUGCAGCUGCGUGGAUGAAUAUAACCACCGCACGAGGCAGUGCGUUCACUCCCGGCGACUUGGUUUCCUAGCGAUUCUACGCCAUGCUCGAUUUCGGAACAAACGGGCUGGUUCGGGCUGACGGCACACCCCCGCUUGUGCUUCCUGUUAUUCACAGUAGAGGUACCGCACCAAGCUCCAUGCGGAGGUCACUGAACUGCACGACCAUUGUACGUUGUUUUCAUUAUAGUGCGAAUGCGGAGCGGAGUGGUUCCGCGAUGUUCUGUGAGUGUUCAAUAGUACGUAUACACUACACAACGGUGCUCGGACUGAUCUCGUCGUGCUCACCUUAUUCCCGGCGCAUUACGCUUUCAUUUCAACGAAGUACUAGAAUGCACGGUGCGGCACCUGUCGGCAGAUCCCGCUUGCUACCGACCAAUCGUGGUGAACGGACGCGACAGCGAUGUUAUGGUAUAGCGAUCUCUUCAAGUGGUUGCAUAACUGUAACAUCGUCCUGCGCCACGUUGAUGCCUCUGUGCUGAUCAUGAAAUGAUGUUCUAGAAUGUUGUAUGGGACUCGAAAAACGCCUAGUGUUUGGUGCCAUUAGACCCGAUAGUGUGUUACAGCUUACGCAGGAAAUGCGCGUUUACGUGCUGACAGAUCGUUUAGUGGAACCCGAGGCGACAGUGUAGGAUAACAGCGUCCUUGUGGUCACGAUAACUUCAUAGUGGAGAGCAUGUGCGAGCAGGCUUUGUUUCCAUGGCGCUGCUGAGGCGAGUAGAUAAAUUUUAUAACAUAUCUGCACACUUCUCGGGAGCACUCAGUUCCGGGAUUCGAACAAUCAUGCGUGUGAAAAAACCUCAGGCUGUAUCGCUCCCCGCUAUUCUCGUGCUUCAUUUGGAGUGUUUCUGGCAAAAACGAUAUACAUCCGGAUGUCGCCGCAGUAGAUUUUUUUUUUAUGUAUAGAAAUGUUCACUUUUCGUGCAUUGCGCGCGAGUUUCCAAAGCUGUCACUCGCAUUCACCCCCGUCUUCAUCGACAUGGCGUGUGUGUCGUCUUUCUGCACAGUGAAAAAUUCAUAAACGCACCGCUAUAGCCUAUACAUGGGAGACCAACGAGUGUACGAUGUUGUUGUGGUGCAUUUUUUUUUUCAGGUGUUGUUUUCUUUGUUGUAACUGUGGAUGUAGAGUGUAGCGUCGUCAUACUUGAUCGGCGCCUUGUUCUCAGUGAUGUUCUCUUGGCUGCUACGUGUGACCUAUCGCAGUCCGCGGUAAUCGGUCGUGUAGUUCGUGCGCUGCGAAAUGCUUACAAAAAGGUUUGACGAACUACGUCGCGUCUAUCGCGGCGCGAACGAAUGAAUACAGCCUUGCUCUCGGUUGUCGGCCGAAACCGUUGGAUUGCGGCUCUUGUGAGAGAUGGCGCCACCUGGGUUUUCAGGCAUGGCGGCGCGUUUGCAGCGCUCCGGUGUGUAUGUUUAACCUGGUUUAGCGCUACCUACAAGUUCAGGAGUUGUGUGCGCAGGACACGAUGUUUGCGUUGUCAAGUAUGGACCCGCGACUGCAAGGCAAGCGAAGCCUACGCACAUCAAGCCCAAACACGACAGUGCAACAUUUAGGGGAACCGCUCACUUGGGUUCCGACAUCGAGUGCAAUCUUCAAAGUGUUAAUCACAAUUCCUUUUUUUUUAACCACGACUUCUUGCGUUUUCGAGACUGUGCAGGCUGGGACAUUUCUGAAGUGUGAGCAAACCGCGUUUGGCUGCUGCCAUGUUCGCGAUCAGGGUGUCGCGCUCGGCGUUGAGAUGAUACUGAUCUGUCGUUGUGGGGCUUGUCUGCUCAAACGCACAUUCCUCAUCUCAAAUUCACGCGAACACGCAACCACACAUGGCCUUUACGUGGUAGAUCUGGAAGCUAUAUGUGACUCACAAGCCUACGAAAAUCUGCUGUGCUGGUUGCCGGUUGUUGAAAAAUUCAGCAGCAUUAGAAUGAAUUUAGCAGAAUGAAUAGAAUUCAGCAGCAGUAAAAUGCAAGGUGGCCGUCAGAUAGCUGCCGUUUGGGCUGGUGUAAUGUAGAGAUUCAAUUCCCAUGUUAUUCAAUUAUAUCAACUAUAUCACUACUAUAUCGGUUAUUUCGGAUAUCACCGGGAUCGGCCGGCCGUAAACGGCGGCUGAUUGGAAAAAGGAAUAGAAUCGCGCAGAGGAUUCCUUACAUUGUGUACCAGCCCUGUAUCACUCGAGCCUGUGUUGCUCUCGACAUCUCAAAUUCUAACUGCCUGAAGUUUUUUUUUUCCCCUUUCAAACGCGCUUAACGUUCUUUCUUUAGCUUGGGUGGCGCAGAUAUUGCGUUGUCAUUGCCUGUGAUGACGUCUGCAUAUAAACUUGCUUGAAGAACGACGUCACUUGCGUGAAACCAAAGGAAAAUAAUCCCGGGUUGCAUGACAGUGAAGCAUUUGGUUCCGUGAGCACCUUUACACGGAAAGUUUCUACUUCAGCAAGUUCGUGCCAGUUGCUUCGCGUGUUCAGCAUAGCGGCAACGUCCAUAGUAGUGCUACCGAUCGCAUGUAUGGUGGUUACGUGGUUGAAGCUUGGUCGUACGACAAUUAGUUCGAACAUUCACGGGGAGAAGUCCGUGCUAGUAUUUAUCAGGUGCUGCAGCUGGAAACAAUUGGUGAAAACAUUUAUGUAAGGUAAGCGACCUUCAUCAGGCCAUUUAUAGUCGCAGGAGCCAGAUUGCGUUUGCCGUAUAGCUAUAGAGCGCGUGGCGCAGUAUAGUCGUCGCAUGCUGAACUGAUUUCAAGGCAAAGUUGGCGUCGUUCAACUUUCCGAUGUCCGCGGAACUCGAGUGAUCACUUGUUUGCUAAACCAACAAGUGCAAAGCGAUCGUGUUAGACGAUGUUGAAAAGUCUCAACUGUGCCACUGUAAGCGGCGCUGUGCGAACCGCUGUGCGCGGACUGACUACGGUGUUUGGUCAAAAAAGUGCGCAUUGGAUUGAAUCGCGAGGCACGUUGUAUACCAGAGCCAUUGACUCGUGUACGUCUUGCUUGCAGUGUCGUGUUCUCGCUUGCAAAGGAUCGAACAUUUGCGCGUCAACUCUGGAAAUACUGUCUAAGUUACGGAGAAACGCGGCCCGAACGAUGUGUUCAACUUUUUCUGUGUGUGUGUGUGUGUGUGUUUGACAAUGUACAUAUAGCAGAUUUGUUGUUUGAACUGUUGUUAUGUUGACUUUCCUCAACCAACAGGGUGUAUCCUAUGGCGUAUAUCUGAAGGCAAUCGUUCUUCACGGCCUUUGUAAUGGCAUUUAUGCCGUGUUAGUGGCAAAGGGAAAGAGCGUCGGUGCCCGCCUAUAGCACUGGAACUGUAGGCGUUGUGCGUCGCAAAGUAAUUUAGCUCGCUCUUUGUAGAAGUGAGGGCCUCACUACAGGUUUUUUUCUCAAAGGCUCUGACGGUGCACGCGCGCGUUUUCCGUGCUCCCGUUGUAUGCGGGGUGUCGGGGGGCGAGCGCUUGUCUGAAAGGACGCGCACCCAGUGUCCGACCAUGUCGACCGCGGGCGCGCGGUUCUGGAAGGUAACGAACGGUUCCAAGUUAUGUUCAGACGAGCAGGUGUUGCUUAGAUCUUUUGGUGGUUAUGCAUUCCGUAAACAUCCUUUCCGACAUUUGUGACCGUAAAGACUUGCGCCCAUGUAUAGGAUAAUUUAUUUUGAGUGUGCGUGAUUAGGGUAAGAGCCUAGUAAUAAGGAAUUGAUAACAAUGUAUCGGCGGCAAUUAUGACUGAAACAGCUGUUUCUCUUCACGAUUUAUUAAGCAAGCGUAGCCUGCACUCUUAUUUCGUUCUUUCUCUGUUGUGCACCGUGAUCUUUUGUUUCUAUUCCGGUAUAGACGCUCGCGCUUCUAGAGUGAGCGAGAACGCAGUGGAAGUGUGAGAGCGUGUUGGCGGUCCAAUCGCAGGCACGGCUGUUCGGACGUGCUAUAGCCUCACUGCGAACGGUAUUGAGAAAAUGCAGCAGCUUGACGUACACAGCUGCCUUAAUUACGCCGUUACUCGAGACUUUGUUGGAAACGACUAUAGGUGCCACACGGAUUUUACGUUUCGUGGGCCGCACGAGCAGAGUGUCGGAGCGCUCGCGCGGCCGCCGUGGCGUUGUGGAAACGUCGACUCUCUGCGCGAGGGUUCCGGAAGCGCUGUUCGCUGCGUGCCGCUGGUGCGAGCGCUGUCUGCGAGCACGCGUAGCCACCCCUCGGCUUCGAAGACACCGGGCUGAGCAAUGGCCGUUGGCUUUUGACGGGGCGUGCACCUCCGAGCGCGCGCGUCGGCUCUGGCUUGACCGCGGGCGGCGAGGCUGGAGGGGGGGCACGCGUCGGACAUAUCACGAAGUGGGCUCUCUAGGGGCUGCCUGGACUCGCGCGGGUGCGCGCUCGAGUCGGCGAAGUCUGUAGGUGGGCUGGGUUGGCUGUCGUUCAUUACCCUCGCAGCGCAACCGAAACGAACGAGCGUACACGAGAAGGACAAGUGCGUGUCUCGUGUCCUUUCUAUAGUUGGUCGAUUUUAUUGGCUCAGUGGUCGCAUGCAGUCAAACAGCGCGUGACGCACGGCAAUAGUGAUUUGUCACUCGGACGUAAGGUGUGGAUGUAAUGCACGGCUGUAGUAAAAAAAAAAAAGAAAAGCAGCCUGAGAAACACCAGCUGCAAAAGUGCCUGAAAUAUAGGUCUAAUAAGAGUGUAUGGCCAUGUAUGGCGGUGUAGUAUGUUCUGUUAUAUAUCGUGCGAAGUGAUGGCACGUAAACAGCUAAAAUUUGCAGUCUCUACAUCUCUCUUGAAACGCGAGGGGUGCGGAGGCACGUGCGGCGCUAUGCGAAGCUGUCGUGCCGCAGCCUCCGACGGUAGGUUGUGUUAAUCACGAACCGCCGCAGGGGGUACCAUGCCAACAUCGUUUAGGUGUUGCACGACCGACUUGUUGUCGAACAUAUCGCUUCUGUCUUAUACUUUUGUCGAAAUCUUACCAAAUAGGCGAUCAGAUCAAACCCUAUACGUUCUAAACAUAUACAGCCCUCCAAAAGACGAGAGCCAAGCCGCAUCUAAAUUUAUGUCAAAGGCAUAUAAAUAUGCGAACAGCACUCGGCCUAGGGUUAUAAAAAAUGCGCAAAGAAGGGCACAGAGCUCUGGGAGACUGCCAAAGAUCACAGUUUCACCUUCCUAAACGACCUGGAACGCCCUACACGCAUAGGGAACAGCAAUUAGUCGUAAUAUACUUCACCCGAUCCGACUUUCGCCAGAAACAUUGGAAGUGCCAUAUGGGAAAACACAGAGGCAAAUGUGGGGAGCGGUAAUUCGCAUCUUAACCACCACAAUCUUCUUUAAGGGAUAUUAAAAAUACAAACCCAAAUAAAGCACUUGAUGGGACGCUUUCCGCUACAUCCGCGACAAGCGCGAACCUAUGUCAGUCGCUAGCCUCAAAGAAUAGGUGUCCACCUUGGUUCAAGAUACAAACCAAUGAUGGUCCAACGCCAGACUCAAGAUGCUGGAUGCACAAAAAAGCCUUCAAAGAAGAUUGCUUACACAAAAGCACAACAGAAAUCUGUUCAAACGGAUAGCACAAGUACAAAGGUAGAUUGAGCAAUACUCACUUUCUCAGCCAAGAACACUGGUAUCAUUUGUGCUUCGCUUAAAUGGACAACUAGAUUGUAAAAACACCUGGUUUAUAAUCAAACAUCUAAUCGACUCAAACCAGAGCAAACGGUUUCACGCAAGAACCUCCAGAAUCAGUCAUUCCUUUCUGGGGGACGAUGACGCUCUCAUCAAAGAUCUGAAAGAUCGUUAUUUUAAUGUCAAUGCGACCCCCCCCCGCCCCUACUGCGUACACAGGAAGCUGCAUGCAAUGAGGAGUUGAAUAGUGACAUUAAGCGGGCGUCCUGGCGGUUCUAAACGAAAUCAAAACCACUGCAGCCGCUGGUGAAGACGGUGUCACCAACAAAAUACUGCGCAAUUUAUAUACGAUCAUUCAAUCGCCGAAAUUACUCAGCUUUUCGACAGUCACUGGAAGGAAGACUCAAUUCCCUCCUGUUGGAAGCACGCCAAGGUGAUAUCCAUACUUAAAUCUGGCAAAAAUCUAAAACUGGAAAUAUUCGUCCCAUUUCAUCAACUUCAUGCCUGCGUAAGGCUACGGAACAUGUCAUCUUAAACAGACUGAACAAAUAUGCUGACAGGGAAGGUCUUUCUUUCCAUACCGUGGUAGGUUUUAGACCUAACCUAUUUACACAAGACAUAACGUGACAGACACGAAACGACAUUUUUUCAUGCGGGAUACAUCAAAGCGACAGGCACCAUACUUGGUAUGGACGUCAGUAAAGCAUUCGAGGCAUGAAUCGAUAUUAACCAACAUGACCCAGAUGUAUGUGGGGCAUCGAACUUUUGGCUACAUUGCAGAUUUCUUCAAAGGGAGAACUGCUGUGAUUCACCUUGGAGAGGUCCAGAGUGAACGUUUUACUCUAGGAACGAGAGACACUCCGCAAGGAGCCGUCCUCUCGCCAUUUCUGUUCAACCAUGCAGGCUUUACCUCUCUCCUAGAGAGAAUACCGCACACCAAACAUUCCAUAUAGGCAGAAGACAUUACCGUCUGGACUAACAGUGGUUCAGACGGCGAAAUCACAAACGCACUACAGGAAGCAACGAACACGAUACAGAGUUUCGUUAAACAAAACGGUCUAAUAUGCUCUCAUAACAAAUCUGGACUCUUGAUAAUCAAAACACAUCUGACAAACCCAGGACCGCGAGGGAUCAAGCUUCUCCCAUUAGUGUCCAUAUGGAAAGCGGACCAGUUCCACCUGUGCUAUCUAUUAGGAUACUGGCAAUGUUAAUACAACACAAUACACAUAAUUCAGAGGCCAUUACGAAGUUACGAGCCAUAGCCCGACAAAUUUGCGGCCUAUACUCAGGCGAGUAGCUACGUGACAUAAUGGCAUGACGGAGGCAGAUCCAUGCCGGCUGACCCAAGAUUUUUUGAUGAUCUGCAUGUAUAUUUUCUUCCCUCCUACAAUCUACGACUCGCCGACAAAUCCGCCAAGCGUAUAAAAUCGCACUAGGACUUUCGGGAUACGCCAACUCAAGGAAACUACUAAAACUAGGUGUAAAUAACACUCUCGAAGAGUUAAUAGAAGCACACAAUACCGAAACGGGUAGAAAUAUUCUACACAGACUAAACCUAAAUCCUGCUAUGAACUCUGAGGGACGAAUUUCGCUACCGAAAAUGAUCAGACAACUAGUAGUCAAACCACUCCCGAAAAACAUGCUUUCGGGCAGACAUGAUGGAAGGCGGCCUGCCAGGGCCAAGGUCCUUCACGAAAAGUGCAGAAACGACAGUUUCGUCGCAUAUGUGGAUACGGCCAAGUAUAGAACGAAAGGUGCUACGUCCUGAACGUAGUAGCUGGGAAAGGGCGAAUCAUAAACGCCGCCACAAUUAAAGCACCAUCCGCGCUAUAAAGGCCGAGGAGAUGGCGACAACCCAUGGCCAUCACGAACAACAACACUCGCACGAUCCUUAGAGAUUCUAAAAGAGCUAUCACUGAUUUCGCCAAGGGAAGUAUAAACGUAAAGGCAACACGAAUCCUAAGAAAUUAUCAAAACGGCAUGCUUAUGUAAACCUAGUAUGGGUCCUCGCACACUCUGAGAAUCCCGGGAAUGGGGAGGCGCACCGCGUAGCACGAAGUUUAACUAACUAAUGGGGAGGCGCGCUCCUUCCUGCUCUGUUUCCGCUGGAGAGGCGGCGACAUCACACAGUGACUUGAAAAAUCUAUAUAAAGACUCCAGGCGUAUCUCUCCACCUUCAGAAGACAAUCUCACGAGGGCGCUGGCCACGAUCCUUCGCUGUAUACAAGCAGACUCCUUCACCAGUCCACAAUGACUGGCCAUUUUCGCCAACGGAGAAUUGCCAAAAUUGCGCUUCAGGUGAAUUGGCUACCCAAGAUUACAUCCUGUGGGGAUGCGAGGGUCCCUCUCCCUGAAUCGAUACUGCAACUGCCUCAAAGCAGACCUGGAAAGAGCUCGUCAGAGCCCCUGAAAUGGAGAAAGCUGGCCAUCGCUGCCUGGGGUGAAGGGGUCGCUUCCAGAGUGGAGCCACCUUCCGGGCGCAGAAAUUAAUUUUCUGUAAAUAAAGUUGUCACCACCACUCUGAGCUAAGGAACAAUGCAGGGUGAAGUGAAGGGCGGGUUACGUACGUUGCGGCUGCGCUGCGAGCAAAAUGAUCAGAGCAAACUAGUGCAUAAAUAUAUCCGGUUUUGGAAGCGAUACCGCCGACGUGGCCCACGGGUGCCGCCCACCGUUGCCGAGGCCUCGCGCGUUUGCAGGCAGGACGCCGUUUUUGGAUGACUGCACCAUGUCGCGCACUCAGCGGGGCUCGGCGACGUGUGUUUGCUGUGCAGCGUAAUAAGUGUCUCAUUACCUACUUCGCCAUGUAGCUUUUUUAACUGUUUUGAAAGGUACACGAACGAGAAACACUAAAUAUGUAUUCUGAUAACGCAUUAAUUCUUUCUAUUGUUAUAAUUGGCUUUAUUAGGUUGAUUAUUUGGCUACAACAUGAAGAUCGAAAUUCAAUUUUAGUAAGUUUCGCGCCGAAACCCUAGCGUUAGUACGGCUGUGUUGCACCACUGAUUUCGAAGUCUUGUGCGAGUGCGCGUGCUUUGGACCAUUGGUGCUUAACGAAAGUUCUUCACACCUGCUAUAUUCAGGCGUCGGCUCCUGUGGAAUACAAGACAGCCCGAAUUUACCGAUAAAAAAUUGACUAUGUCCGAUCUGAGGCUGUCAACAUUCGUGGCUUCAUGGCCAGCUGCUGUGGGGAACACGUUCGCUUUUGCGUAUUCUGACUUUCCAAAUCUCCUAUCGCGGACAUAUUUUUGGACAUUGUAUAAGGCGGUAAUUUACCGACGCAUCUCAAGCUAUUUCUUUCUUUAGGCGCCCUUUAACACCGAACUGCCUGCCGCCUUUUGGUAUCCACCACCUUUUUUUCACACUGUCUACCGUUCAGUUUCGAAUGUGGCUUCACACAGCCAUGUCACGUCAUUGUUAUAACUUUGUCGCGCUGUUACAUUGACCACUGCUAAAUGUCGGCACAAGCAAACAGAAAACCUGUGUGUAUCGCAUCCAGAGGUACGUGUCCUACGUGCGUGGUUGUGUAGGCGUGCGUAUAAUAGAGCAGUGAUAUCACGUGAUUGUUUUUUCGGUGUGCUUAUUGUGUGAAGCGAUGGCGGAGGCAGAGAGCCCGUCGAAGACCCAAGAUCUGAGAGCGUUGUUGUUGAAGCCGGUGUUAUAUACACGAUUGUACUGUUGACGCAGACAUACAAACGCAAAUUAUGCGACUAUAUGUAUAAUGUUGACAUAUUAUGCGCUGCGCCAAUAAAGCGAAGUGUUUGACGUGUUCA